AUGUCUUUCAUUCGUUCAACCUCGCCCCCACCGCCCUUGCCAUCACCCCAACUCGUCCCUGCCGCUCUCCCAUCCCCACCGCCCCUGUCCAAGAAGUCUUCCAGAACUCGCCUGGCACAACAAUACUCUCCUCCUGUCCAUCCUAGUCUUAUAGGAGAUCCCCUCAUCCCAAAGACCCUCGUCUCUUCUAGGUCCUAUGACCGUUUAGAUCGCAGGGCACGGGCAAGUCUAUUUGGCGACGACGACGAUUUUGGCACCGGAAAACCAUCCCUCCACAGGCGACUCCCCACACGCACGUCUAAACAUAUCUCAGAUCACCCAUCAUCCCCUCGCUGCCGUUCUCCUCCUCCAAGUGCCGCCGUCGCGUUACCACCGCCACCGGUACCUCCUAUCCCCACGAAGUUUAUGCUCGCACCAACCGAUAAAAAGUCGGUGUUGCAGCCUCCACAGAAACAAUCUCUCGUUCACCAGGCUCUGCACGAUCAUUGUGCGCGUCAUCGCGUCGACGAGCGGUUCUCCCAUUCCUCGAGAGAAUAUUGCGAGUCCGCCCCUAAUGCUAUCACGUGCAUGCAAUUCUUCUCCAUGCAUAACAACGUUCCUCGAAGAGAUUGCGAGGUCUGA